AUGGCACGCUUGCUGGCGACGCUCGCUGUAUGCCUCCAGGUGGCAUGCGUGAUGGGAUCUGCGCAAGGCUCAUGGGAACCUAUUGACGAAGAUAUCGACAUCAUGGCCUUAAUUGAUGACGAGCCGGAGGGAAUUGCCAUGAUCCAGAAAGAUGCGCGACUGACAGCUGCCGCGGCUGCCGGCUGCCGAGGUGACGAUGACUGCCCUGAGGCAGGCAUGAGGUGUUAA